CACUUUUGAGCACUAUAUAUAUCGUCCACCCACUAUUCGUCUUCUCCACAGUUCCAGCUCCUCAUACCGUUCUCAGCUUCCUACUAAUUACGAGAUUACAAUCCUCAAAUCUACCAUGGCCUCUUUCGUCUCCACUCAUCUAUUACUACAGCUACUCCUCGUCAUCUCCAUCUUCCAUUUCAGCUCUGCGGCGAGGAGACUUGCAGAAUCAGAAGAGACCCAGCAGCCUUUGCUCUUCCAAUACCACAAUGGCCCUCUUCUUACUGGCAAAAUCGCCAUCAAUCUUAUCUGGUACGGCAAAUUCAUGCCCUCCCAACGAGCCAUCAUCUCAGAUUUCAUUACCUCCCUCUCUGCUUCCACACCCCCAACAGCUCAAACCUCAGUCGCCACGUGGUGGAAAACCACUGACAAAUACUACCACCUCAUCAAUUCCAAGAAGCCAUCCGCUCUUGCACUCUCACUGGGUACCCAGAACGUUGACGAGACAUACUCCCUAGGCAAAUCACUCUCGAACCAGCAAAUAGUAGAGUUGGCAUCAAAGGGAGGCCAAAGAAACGCCAUUAACGUUGUUCUGACAUCAGCUGACGUGGCAGUUGAAGGUUUCUGCAUGAGCAAAUGCGGGACUCAUGGGUCUUCAAAGGGUGCAUCCGUUGACGGCAAGAGCUACAAGUUCGCUUACAUUUGGGUUGGGAAUUCGGAGACCCAAUGCCCGGGGCAAUGCGCGUGGCCAUUCCACCAGCCCAUCUACGGGCCCCAGAGCCCGCCUUUGGUUGCACCCAACAACGAUGUGGGUCUGGACGGCAUGGUCAUCAACCUGGCUAGCCUCUUGGCUGGUACGGCUACGAACCCAUUCGGAAAUGGCUACUUCCAGGGUCCAAAGGAGGCGCCACUAGAAGCUGCAUCGGCUUGUCCUGGUGUGUACGGGAAGGGGGCUUACCCUGGCUAUGCCGGAGACGUCUUGGUGGACCCAACCACAGGUGCUAGCUAUAACGCAAACGGUGCCCAUGGAAGGAAAUACUUGCUUCCGGCGCUCUUUGACCCCUUUACCAAAGCUUGUUCAACUCUCGUCUGAGUGAGGGACCACCUUGUAACACAGUGUUAAUGUAUACAAUAUUAGAUUAGCCAGUAUAACUAAGAAAGAUUAAAAUUCUUUGAUUUAUUCAUUUGUAUUAUGGUUAUAUAAUGAAAAUGAAAAAUUUCUUCA